AUGGUGCACCGAGUGAGUCUCGAAGGAGCCGUGAAUUUCACGAGACUAAGCGUCCGGCUCGCGUGUACUUGGCCACCAUCGGGGAGUGCGAUGAAAUGGGAGCUGGUCAGGGAGGACUGCGCGUGGUGUAUUUCCCUUUUGAGUGUCUUUUGUCUUCUCAUACCUCUGAUUAACUCGAUCCACGAGAACAUUUCGAACCCCGUUAUCAUAACUCAGACGAUGUGUUUUUGUUCGGCCUGCGUAAUAAUUAUCAUGAAAUCUCUCGUGGUGCGAUACCACAGGAAGAAAAUUCAGAUUCUCAUUGACGAGAUGAUGGAAUUCGUGGAAACAUGUCGGCAGCACGAGAGGCAAGUUCUCCAGGAUUACGUUGACAAGUGUUGGGUCUACCACGUGAUCAUUUCCUUUUUGAACUACACAGCCAGUGUCUCAAUGAUAAUUAGUCCAUUCGUCAUCGCCGAUCAGAAAAUGCCGACUGCAGCGGUCUACCCAUUUUCCAUCGAGUCCGGCAUCCCCAUGUACCUCGCUUUCAUUCAUCAGUCCAUAGUAGGACUUCAAACUUCAGCUAGUCUCACGGUCGACUGUCAAAUGGCAAUCAUGAUGUGGUUCGCCGGUGCGAGGCUCGAAAUUCUUGCCGGAGAAAUUCAGAACUCGACGAGCAUCAAAGAUUUUAGUUACUUUGUCAAAAAACACGAGCGUCUCUUGUUCUAUGCGACCGAAGUCGCUGAUGCCAUGCGCUAUGUCGCUUUCACGACCACCUGCGUUUGCGGAAUCGCCUCGAUCGUCUGCUGCAUGCAGUUGGUCGGCAACCAACCGAUUUUGGUGAAAUUGCAAUUCGGACCUGUCUCCAUUGUCGGCCUCACUAAUCUAAUGAUCUGUGUUUGGCCGAAUGAGGAUAUUGUCAGGGUGUGUGAUCUAAUAGGAAAAAGUGUGUACGACACUCCGUGGGUCGAAAUGUCGCCUAAAACGUCCAGGGACAUAGUCAUGAUUCUGCAAAGAUCGCAACAACCCGUUCAAGUUUCCGUUGCUGGUUUUAUUCCUGCUCUUUCAUUCGAAUUUUAUACCUCGUUUUUAUCGUGCGUUUUGUCCUGCUUUACGACCCUCCGGCUCGUCAUGCUGGGCACGGACGACGAAUCAAUUUUGAUCGACGAAAUGGAGGAAUUUUUGAAAAAUGCCCAACCCCACGAAAAGCAGAUUUUGCGAAACAACGUCAACAGAUUUUGCAUGUUUCACUGUGCAAUAUCGUUCAUGAAUUAUUUAUCGAGUAUCACGAUAAGUAUGAGUCCGUUCAUUCUGCCCAAUCAGCGAAUGCCAACUUUCGCGACUUAUCCAUUUUCCAUUGAUUCUGGUCUACCGAUGUACCUCAUUUACGUCCAUCAAUCCAUCGUCGGGCUACAAUGUUCUGCCGGUCUGACCGUCGACUGCCAAGUCGCACUGAUGAUGUGGUUCGCUGGCGCGAGGCUCGAAAUCCUCGCUGAGGAAAUAAAAAAAUUUAAAAAUAUCAAAAACUACAGUUCCAUUGUUAAAAAACAUGAAAAACUCUUGUCAUACGUCGUUCGAGUCUCUGGAACAAUGUGCUACGUCGCGUUCACAACCAGCUGCGUUUGUGGCAUCGCCUUAAUCAUGUUCUGCCUCCAGCUCGUCGGUAAUCAACCGUGGAGCGUCAAGCUCCAAUUCGGCCCAGGAAUACUCGUUUGCUUCAUAAAUCUGAUGGUCUGCACUUGGCCAACGGAAAACAUGAUGGGAAUGCUGCUGAUCGAUGAGAUGGAAGAUUUUCUGAAUAACUGUAACGACAAGGAGAAGCGAGUGCUCCAAAGUUACGUCGACAAAUGUUGGAUCUUUUACGGAAGCAUUACGAUCGUUAAUUACUUAGGGGCUGUGCCCGUCAUAUUCGGUCCAUUCGUUUUUCCCCAUCAGCGUUUUCCAACCUUCGCAGUCUACCCAUUUCCCGUCGAAUCUGGCCUCACCAUGUAUCUCGUUUUCCUCCACCAAUGCUUCACCGGACUCCAAGUCUCGGCAGCUUUCACCAUCGACUGUCAAAUGGCUCUGCUGAUGUGGUUCGCCGGUGCCAGACUCGAAAUUCUUGCCAAACAAGCCGCGGAUGUCAAUGACCCUGAAAAAUUUCGUUCCUUCGUCGAAAAACACCAACGACACUUGACCUACAUCGAUCAAGUCGCCGGCACCAUGUGCUACAUUGCACUCGCUACCACCUUUAUCUGCAGCCUUGCCUCGGUCAUGUUCUCCUUGCAACUCAUCGGCAACCAACCGCUCACUAUCAGAAUGCAGUACGGACCUGCAACGGUCGUUGCACUCGUGAAUCUUCUGAUCUGCGCCUGGCCUACGGAAAACGUGAUCAGAGUGUCCUUGAAGAACCAUCGUCGACGCAUGGAGUCGAAAGCCAGCCUUGGGAAAGCGGUGAAAUUCACAAGGCUGAGCGUCCGGCUCGUCUGCACUUGGCCACCCUCGAAACACGCGACCAAAUGGGGUAUCUUCCGAGAAGAUUUCUCUUGGUGCAUAUCGUUUUUGAACGUUUUUUGCCUCCUAGUACCGUUGCUCUUCUCCAUUUAUGAAUAUCGCGCUGAUCCCAUCAUCAUGACACAAUCGACCGGCUUGGCGGGCGCCUGCGGCAUGAUCAUCAUCAAAAGUUUGAUUCUUCGUGUACAUCGGAAAAAGUGUCAGCUCUUGAUCCACGAGAUGGAGGAAUUCGUGAAAACUUGUGAGGAUCACGAGCUCCAUGUGCUGCAGAGUUACAUUGACAGAUGUUGGAUUUUUUACACUGGAGUGACGGUAAUGAAUUACUUGGCAUCGGUGCCAGUGAUAUUCGGUCCUUUCGUAUUUCCCCAUCAGCGAAUGCCGACCUUCGCAGUUUAUCCUUUUUCCAUUGAUUCGGGGAUAAGCAUGUACUUGAUUUUCGUGCAUCAAUCGAUCGUCGGAUUUCAAACUUCCGCCGGUCUCACCAUCGAUUGCCAAGUCGCUUUGCUCAUGUGGUUCGCUGGCGCUAGACUCGAAAUCCUCGCGGAAGAAAUCAAAAAGUCUUCGGGGAUCGAGGAGUUUGGAUCAUUCGUUGAUAAACAUCAACGACUUUUGAUCUAUGCAAGUCAAGUCUCUGAAACCAUGUGUUACAUCGCUCUCACCAGUGCUUGUGUCUGCGGAUUUUCAACGAUCAUGGGCACCAUGCAACUCCUUGGGGAUCGUCCAUUUAUAAUCAAGGCUCAGUACGGACCAGCGACUCUGGUCAGCCUAAUAAAUCUGCUGGUCUGUGCAUGGCCGACCGAAAACAUGCUCCGAGUCUGUGAUUUGAUAGGAACGAACAUUUACAAUAUUUCGUGGUUGGACAUUUCGCCGAAAUUAAUGAAGGACAUUACGAUGAUAUUGCGAAGAUCUCAGAAGCCCGUUCUCGUGUCCGUUGGCGGUUUUCUCCCUGCUCUUUCUUUCCGCUUCUACGCCUCGUUCCUGUCGAGUGUUUUCUCCUACUUCACGACCUUCCGCCUCCUCGUACUGUCGGACGCCGAAGCUGAGUCUGUCAAUAAAUGAAUCAAACUUGUGGAAAAAAAGACCCAAAAAUGUUCCCAUUCCGACGCCAUGAAUUCUUUUCAGCGAUGUCCUCGUAGGGAGAAUGUCUCGAGUCUAUUUUUUCCUUCCAGCAGAUAAAUUUGUUGAACAUUACAAGGAGCAGCCUCCUCGUAAUGAGCUUGCAUCGAAAA